CUCAAGCCGUGACGUCACGUUGCUUAGGCGACGGAUUUUUGCGUUCUAAACAAACCAAGAUGGCGUCUCUCUCGAUCGCAUCGUUAAGUUCCUUCUUCGUAGAAGAGCAGAAAUCUAUAUCAAGAGGUGAAAAUCAUUACCAAUCUGCACAUGUAGAAAGUUUUAGUUAUGAUCAGGGUGUUUUAAGAGGUGAAGUCAAAGCAAGCAUGAAGAACAAAGUGUAUAAAGUCACGAUCUAUCUCGACGAGAAUAAUAAGAUCAGAUCCUCGCAGUGUGAAUGCCCAAGAGGAGAAUACAAAUGUAGUCAUGCGGCAGCGCUCUUCAUCCAUGGCAUACACAAUCUAAGCCGAACAGAUGUCGAAUGCUCUUGGAGAAAGAAAAAGACCGACAACACGAGUCCACUGUCAGUCAUAGAGAUGUUUCCACCUAGUAAAGAUUAUGUUGCUUUGCGAAGAACACCAACUAAGGAGGAUCGAGGAUACUUAUAUUCAGAACUUCGUGGCUAUGGCAAAUUUACUGGUAUUUGCUGGAUACUUAGACCUGAGCCUGCCCCACCAAGAAUGUUACCCAUUCCAACUAUUGAGGAAAUCAUCUAUUCCGAAGAAUUUCUUGAUAUCCAAGGGCAGCAGCAACAGAUAGCAUUUGUACAGGAAAAAGUGCAAGUGUCAGAUGAAAUAAUUAGAGAAAUAGCCAGAAGUAGCCAGGGUCAGAGGGACAACCCAUUGUGGCACCUGGUACGUAAAGGGCGUCUUACUGCUAGUAACUUUGGGUGUGUUAUGAAUGCAAAACGGGCAACACCAUCCCUCAUCAAAAGGCUCUUGGGAGAGUAUGAUGUCUCAAGAGUGAAGGCUGUUCUUUGGGGAGUCACCAAUGAAAGCGAGGCAGUAAAAUCGUUUAAAACUUUGACAGGACUUCCUGUUGAGGAAACCGGGGUUUGGCUGGACAAGACUGGGGUACUUGGUGCCUCCCCUGAUGGACUGGUGGGCAGAAAGCAUGUGCUUGAGGUGAAAUGUCCCUACACCCAGAGAAACUGCAUGAUAGCCGAAGCUGUAACCAAUGAUAGUUUCUGUUUGAAGACGAAUAAUGAUGGGAAGUAUGAGCUGAAGACUGACCAUGUUUACUGGCACCAAGUACAGGGGCAGAUGUUUUUAACACAGAGAGAAUUUUGUUAUUUUGUUGUAUGGACAACCAAAGAAACUGCCAUACUCAAUAUCAAGAGGGAUCCAUCAUGGUUGAACAAUAUUGAUAUUCUUGUAGAUUUUUAUUUUUUUCACAUUUUUCCCAAAAUCUUAGAGGGAGAACUUUAGAACUUGAGUGAACACACUAAACCCAAUGGAAAAAUCUCAUUCUAAUGCAAAAGAAAAAAUGCAUGGAAUUUUGAGGCUUCUGUUGUGUGUGGGUCUGAUAUCUAUUUCAUUGGGUUUAUGCCUUCACUCUAUAACUACAUGUUGUUUAUGUAGUUUUUCAGUCCUUGUAUUAAGAAAUCUAUGUAUUAGAUAUCUAAGUUUUUAAAAAUGUAUGUAAAUGUG